UGCCGGGAAUCUUACGACUUUUACCAUCACUAUACUAUUGUUUUGUUGAAUAAGUCCACGAGAUAAUGAAAUAUCGCGAACAAGUGGGAACAUUGUAUUUGCCACAGUCAUCUAUUGAAACAGCUUCACUCUCCACUACUUGCACUCCUAUAGUCCUUACACCGUUGAAGAGUCAGGAACUCUAAUUCCUAAAGAUCGAGGAUAGUCUACAUGCUUGAAAAGAAAACCAAGUUAUAAUAAGAAACAAAUUAAAUUAAUCAGCCUGGAAUCCAAACAACUCCAUUUAAUGGCCUUGACAGUUGAAAGUAACAAUAACACCAUUAAUCUUCUUCGUCAGGGGACACUUCCAUUUAGGAUAUCCAUUGUUUGGAGUGUCACUUAUAGCUGAGUGUUAUCUUGUGCAAUUAUGUGUGUGAAAAUACAUGCAUCGGGCACCAAAUGCUUUGAAAAAUUACCAGAAUGUAUGUUUUCUGCUUUUAGCAUUCAGUGCCACUGCAAUGGAUUCAUGUAUUUAAGCUUUAUUCGGGGAUUGUGAAUUAAGCAUCUCCAGAUCAUGUACCAGUAACCCUGAUCUGUGGAGAAAAGCUUGCGAUGGGCACAUUCAUUGGGCACAUAGUACCUGGCUUUGCCCUCACCCUUCUUGGUUUAUGGCACACCAUCAACACUAUCAGAUCUUAUUUUCUCAAAGGCCCUAGUAACUUUAGAGUAAGGUUUUGGUACCCAUUGAACUGCCCUUUUCCCAAAAUUAAACACCUUGAACUCAUUUUCAUCUUAUCUUUCUCUGUAUUUGCAAUUAUUAUGCAAGUUCUAGACUUGCCGUUUCUUAACUUCUCCUUCAAGCUCCAUAAUUUGGAGCAUGCAACCAUGUUCCUCCACCUUGCCAUAUUUGCAGGGUUUACACUUUCAGCUGAGUUUACUAAUUCGUUUCAAAUCAUAUCUGGGGUUGUUGAAUUGCUUACGGCCUCUGUUUUCUGCCAAGAGCUUUUCCUUCUCCAUUUCCACUCCACUGACCAUGUUGGUCUUGAAGAGCAUUACCAUUGGUUAUUGCAGCUCAUAGUGUUUGCUUUGCGGCAAGGUUGGUGCUUUACUAUUUUCUUUGCGAAUGAUCCAAUUUGCUCCAUCAUUCUUUUUGUGCAGAAAGAUAUUCAUCGGAGGCUUGACAAAGAACACCACCUUGGGGAUAUAAAGGGUUUUGAUGUUACUGUUAGUGGUGGGGAUCAUAAUGCAAAACAUUCAGUUGCUUUAGUCCUCGAUGUUACUGCUAGUGGUGGGGUUCAUAAUGCACAACAUUCAGUUGCUUCAGUUACUGUUAUGGUUUAG